AUGUCCCGCCCCGACACGGCCUCGCUCCUCGCCCCCUCGCCGCCGCUGGCAAAACCCCACCCGCGCGGCCGUUUCCUCUGCCUCCUCUCGCCCAUGCUCGCCGUCCUCGGCGCCUCCCUCGCGGUGCUCCUCUUCUUCGCGCUCCAGCCCGCGCCCAACCCGGUCCCGAACUACGAGGCGCUCUUCCUCUCCCUCGGAUCCAACGACACCGCCGCCUCGCACCUACGAGCGCUCACUCUCCACCCGCACGUCGCGGGGACCAAGGCCAACGCCCUCACCGCCCGCUACGUGCUCGACGCGCUCUCCUUCCCCGCCCACAUCACGCCUUACUCCGUCCUCCUCUCCUACCCCGUCCACCGCUCCCUCUCCCUUUCGGCGCCAGGCCGCGGCGUCGUCACCUCCUUCUCCCUAAAGCAGGAGACCUACCCCAACGACCCCUACGCAACCGCAGCGGCGGAGACCAUCCCGACGUUCUACGCGUACGCGGCCUCCGGGUCGGUCUCGGCGGAGGCCGUGUACGCCAACUACGGCCGCGAGGAGGACUUCGCCUACCUCGCCUCCCGCGGUGUGGACGUCGCGGGUAAGGUCACGCUCGCGCGGUACGGGAGGAUCCACUGCGAGGACAUCGCGCACAACGCGCGCGCCGCCGGCGCCGCGGCCGCGGUGGUGUACACUGAUCCGCUGGAGUACGGCGGCGCACCCGGUGAGCGGUGGUUCCCCGACUCGCGCUGGCUGCCGCCCAGCGGCGUGCAGGUGGGGAGCCUGUUCCGGGGCGUGGGCGACCCGACGACGCCGAUGUGGGCGUCGUCCGAGGGCUGCGAGCGCGUCAGCGUGGAGGAGGCCAUGAACACCGAUGACAUGCCGCUCAUCCCGGCGCUGCCGGUGUCGGCUCAGGACGCGAUGGAGAUACACAGAGCCGUGGGCGGGGCCGUGGCGCCGGCGGACUGGCAGGGCCGAGAGGGCGGCCCCGUGUACCGCCUCGGCCCCGGGCCGGCAGUUUUGAACCUAACGUAUCUUGGGAAUGAUACGAUGGCAACGAUUGAGAAUGUCUUUACCAUUAUCGAAGGCGCCGAAGAGCCCGAUAGAUAUGUCAUUCUUGGUAACCAUCGUGAUGCUUGGACGUUUGGUGCAUCCGAUCCCAACAGUGGAACAGCAGCUAUGAUUGAGUUAGCUCAAAGGUUUUCAAUGCUGCAAAAGCACGGGUGGAGACCUCGAAGAACCAUUAUCUUCUGUAGUUGGGAUGCGGAAGAAUAUGGACUGACAGGAUCUACUGAAUGGGUUGAAGAAAACCAGGAGAUGUUAUAUUCUAGAGCUGUUGCUUAUCUGAAUAUUGAUGUUUCAGUCGUUGGUCCAGGAUUCCUGCCUUCUACAACUCCCCAACUCGACGAGUUACUUCAGCAAGUAACUAAAGUGGACGGGAAACCACUUCUACUUCCUGACAAAUUAUAUUACAUUACUCACUAUUCACUGCGUAUCUCCUGCAUUAAGGUUCUAAGACUAGGUGAUGGAGGAUCAGACUAUUCAGCAUUCGUCCAACAUGUUGGUAUUCCUUCGAUGAAUAUAAUUUUUGGUGAAGGACCAGGAUAUCCGGUUUACCACUCCUUAUAUGAUGGCUACGUAUGGAUGGCGAAAUUCGGAGAUCCUGGGUUCCGUAGGCAUGUGGCGUUGAGGUGUUAUCUGCGCCACCACGACAUGGUAACCAAGAUUCUUCAUCUUGCAGCUGCUAGCAUAUGGGGAAUGAUGGCUUUGAGGUUGGCAAAUGAAGACAUCCUACCCUUCAAUUACAUGUCCUAUGCAAUUGAGCUUGAGGAAUACACAAAGACGGUAGAGAAGGAAGUGAAGGGAACAACUGUCACUUGUUCCCCACUGUACAACUCAAUCAGAACUCUCAGAGCGGCAGCUACCAAAGUGAAUAGCGAACAAAAGGAACUUCAAAAGCAACUCUUGAGCAAGCAGCUGAACAAGGAUUCACUGAAAAUCCGACAGCUCAAUGACCGGCUUAUGCAGACCGAGCGAGCAUUCACUAGCAGGGAAGGCAUCUUCAAGCUAGAAUGGUUUAAGCAUCUGGUGUAUGGACCUUCAGAUCAGAAUGACUGGGAUACUGCAAUCUAUCCCGGUAUAGCCAAUGCAAUAGCCAGCGCUCGGAGCAGCAACACUUCGGAGUCGUGGAAGUUUGUACAGCAUGAGGUCUACAGAGUGGCCAGGGCCGUGACACAAGCAUCUGCUAUACUGAGUGGUCGUCUGACAUGA